AUGGUACCAGUUUCACAAGUAGGAUCGACGCUGGUAAGGCUCUCGAUCGUUCCUUUUCCAAAAAUUGGUUGCGAGCAAACGGGCCUUUUUGCAGUCGCCAAUAUGUCGGAGCAAAUUUCACAUCAGAAGUAACAAACUGAUUUGCUCAAUACUCCAGCAAAAAAAGGCUUUGCGCGCCUUUGCAGUCAACUAAUGUCAAGUAAGAAGGUUGAGUUGACUGACCAUAGUGGUAUCCUGAGCCGUGUCCUCAUCGUUGCUGAGGCCGGUCAGCUAGUGGUUGAUUGGACGGUGUGCGGAUUAUGCCGCAAUAUUCGAUGUUUGAUUGAGUAA